AUGGAAGAGAUCAGCACGACGACGCGGGAGAAGGCGAGCGUGACCAAGGCCUACCUGGAGCAGAAGUACGCCAUCAUGAAGAAGGAGCGCGAGGAGAGUCGCAUGCGGCGCAACAUCCUCGAGCAGAAGAUGCAGAGCCUCAAGCUCGAAGAGCCGGCGAAAGAGUCGUACCGCGCCGAGCUGCGCAACCAAGAGCUCAACCAGAUGCGCCAGCAGCGCAAGCGCCUGACGAUCCAAGACUUCCAGUCGCUCGCCGUCGUGGGUCGCGGCGCCUUUGGCGAGGUGCGCCUCGUGCGCAAGAAGGACACGGGCGAGGUCUUCGCGCUCAAGAGCAUGCUCAAAAGCUCCAUGGUCAUGAAGAACCAGGUCGGCCACGUGCGCGCCGAGCGGGACAUUCUGGCCAUGGCCGACAACGAGUGCCAAUGGCUCGUCACGCUCCAGUACUCGUUCCAGGACACGAACCGACUGUACAUGGUCAUGGAGUACCUUCCUGGCGGCGACCUCAUGGGUCUUCUCAUCAAGGAAGACAAGCUCAGCGAGACCACGACGCGCUUCUACGCCGCCGAGAUGGUCAUGGCCAUCGAGUCGGUGCACGAACUCGGGUACAUCCAUCGCGACAUCAAGCCCGACAACGUGCUCCUUGACGCCUUUGGCCACAUCAAGCUCACGGACCUCGGCCUCUGCAAGAAGAUGGAUGUUGCGCCUCACGAGAUGCUCCCGAUCACGACCCACACGAUGACCGAUGCCGCCAGCGGCCAGCCCAUCAACGACCGGACGCGGCCGUACAACCGCAACCGCGAAGUGGCCUUCAGCACGCAAGGCUACGGCAAGGAGUGCGACUGGUGGUCCAUGGGUGUCAUCCUCUACGAGUGUCUGAUCGGGUACCCGCCGUUCAACGCCGACGACCCCAUGUCCACGUGCCGCAAGAUUGUCAACUGGAAACAAACGCUGGUGUUCCCCACCGAGGCGAUCCAGAGUCUGAGUCCCCACUGCAUCGACUUUAUCCGGCGGCUCAUCUGCAGCGCGGACGUGCGUCUGGACGUCGCGCACAUCAAAGCGCACCCGUGGUUUGCCGGCAUCGAGUGGUCGAGUCUGCGGACGACGCAGGCGCCGCAGACGCCGCCGCGUGGCGGGCGGGAGUUCCAAGAGUCGAUGCUGAAGCUCCAGCGCCUCGACACGAACGAUGUCCAGUACCAGACGCUCGUCAAGCAGAUCACGCAAAACUUUGACGAGUUCCCGGACCAAGGCCUCGGCCACUUGCACGAAGACGCGUCGAGCUACGAGUCGCUCGUGCCGAAAGCGCCCAACAGCGACGGCGGCGAGUACAACAAGUUCAUCGGGUAUACGUACCGGCGCAAGCCCAAGGUCCGCGUCACACUCAACGAGACUUUCACCGAGACGAGCCUCGGUACGUUGCUAUCACGUUGUCCAACCGUGGCUCCAAACGUGGCGUACUGA